AUGGAGAAAACGGCGGAUCAAGCGGCCAAAGCUAAUAACCCGAGCGACAAAUCGCACGAAGCUGCCCGCAUCCCCGGCUCUGCCGAGCGGCGGUCGAGGAGCGUCGGGACACCGCACGGCCAGACGCGGAGCGGAAGAUGGGCACCACCGUCCCGUCGGGGCCGCUCCUCUCCUCGGUCGCUCCCGGGGCCCGGCGGGUGUCCGGGCCGCUCCGAGGAGCGGGGAGCGAAGGGACACGGCUCGGCCCAGGGGCCCACUUGUCCGUUCCCCUCCCCGUGUCCCACGGCCCUCCAGCGGGCAGCUCCGAGCCGCGGCCACCUCCGGGUCCGUCCCCCCGUCCCCUCCGUCGCCCGCGACCGGGAAGCGUGGGCAGGGGGACCGGGGUCCGGGACCGGGCGGUACCAGGCGGAGCGCUGCCGCCCACUGACGGCGGCCGGGGGCCCGGGAGCGGCCACAGCCCCGGGGACGGCUCGGGACUCGAGGAACCCCAGCGCCGGGUUUGGUUGGAGCUCAGCGAGCGUGUCCCGGCCAGAAGACACGUGUCCGUCCGGCCGCGCCGCGCUCCGCCGCGCCGUCUGCCUCCGCCCCAGGGCCGUCGGGCCCCGCACGGCUCCUGCCGGCCUCCCGCAGGACGAGCCGCCCGCUGCCGCCCCUCCGCGGCUCCCUUCGGCCCCGCUCUCCCCGCUCCGUCCCGGCGCCCCCCCGGAGGCACCGCCCGCCCCGCGGCCUCGGCGCGCGGACGGCUCUCACCGCUCCGACCCCCACCCUCCCGGUACCGCAGCGACAUCACCGUCUCCUCUCCCCGCUCCCACCGUUUGCCGUUUCUCCGCUUUUCCUCUCCCCCCGAGCCAAGCGCCGCGGAUUUCUCCUCCAGCCCGUUCGCUUGAGAGACGUUUCCCUCCCGUCUCUUUCCCAUUCGCCCACCCCUCUCCCUCGCCCUGCCCCGCAGCCGUUCGCACCCGUACGUUCCUCUCUCCCCGCCGGCCCCGCACGGCAGUCGGGGACGGACGGAGCCGCGGAGGACGGGGCGCUGCGGGCACACAGCGGCGCUUCGCGGGGUCCGGCCCCGCCCGCCCCUCUCCCAGCCGAGCUCCGCCGGCGCUGCCCCGCUGCGCUCAGGAAAGUUGACGGCGGAUGAGGAGGACGGGGGGUGCGCUCCGCGUUUUGCUUUUGAAUUACGAAGAAAUAAACAUACAACUGAAUUUCGCGUUGUUAUCUCCAUCGCGUCGUACCGUCAAAACCCAUUACGGGAGCGACGUUGAGUGGAAGAAAAUAAAUUCCGCCCCAGCCUUGCUUUGCACUAGAUUAGCAGAUAGGAAAUGCUAUAAAGAUGAACUUAAUACGAUUAGAGAUGUUUCCUACAGAUUUUCAUAUAUUGAUUCGUGGAAUUUUAAUUCCGGAGCUUGCUUUGCUAUAAUCCGCAUUUAUUACAAGCCGAUAGAGUUUUAUUAUA